AUGUCUUUCCCAACGAUAACUGAGAUCAAGACCUUUGUGGUCCCUGGGGAGGGCGAAGGUGGAGAUUACCACUCCCAAAAAGCUGGUCAUUGGAUUAUUGGUCAAAUCUCCAAUCCCAUGUCACGGUAUGAGCAGUAUAAGGCAUCUCGUGUCUCCUGGGGUAUCAACCUUACUGCAUCUGAUGGCUCGGUCGGAUUUGCGACGGGUAUGGGUGGCCCGCCAUCUUGCUGGCUUGUUGAGCAACACUUCAAACGUUUUUUGAUCGGUGCUGAUCCCCGAGAUACAAGCAUUCUGUCUGAUCAAAUGCUCCGUGCUUCUAUGUACUAUGGCCGCAAAGGCCUUGUCGUCGCUACUAUCUCCGUCGUCGAUUUGGCACUUUGGGACCUGGUUGGCAAGAUCCGCAAGGAGCCAGUAUACAAGAUGAUUGGUGGCCGUACCCGCGAUCACCUAUCAUUCUACUGCACUGGACCUCUGCCUGCCGAGGCGAAGCGUCUCGGAUUCUGGGGAGGUAAAGUCCCUCUAACAUGGGGACCUGCCGACGGGCAAGAGGGGAUGCGAAAGAACUACGAAGAAUUAAAGAAACACAGGGAGUCCGGCCCAGAUUUCCCCAUUAUGGUUGACUGUUAUAUGAGUUUGACUGUUCAAUAUGCGAUCGAACUCGCUACUAUGUGCCUUCCUCUGAACAUUACUUGGUGGGAAGAAGUGCUUCACCCCGAUGCCGAAGGAUAUGAGAAGCUCAAGGCUGCAUUGCCACAACUCAAGUGGACGACUGGUGAACACGAAUACACCCGAUAUGGCUUCAAGAAGCUGCUGGACACCAAGUCCAUUGACAUUAUCCAGCCCGAUAUCAUGUGGUGCGGUGGCUUGACUGAACUACUUCGCAUUACAUCCCUAGCUUCGGCAUACGAUGUGGAUGUCGUGUGCCACGGCAGUGGUCCAUACAGCUACCACUUUGCUGUCAGUCAAUCCAACACUCCUUUCACCGAGAUUAUUUGCAAUGCACCGGACGGCAAGUCAGUCAAACCGGUGUUUGGAAAUUUGUUCUUGAACGAGGUGAUGCCCGUCAAUGGUCGCAUCGAGCUCGAAAAGUUGGAUGCGCCAGGAUUCGGGUUGGAACUCAACCCCGCUAUCAAACUCAUUGAUGGUGCCAAGUUGCUGACUCCGGACCCAGAGAAGCCUUUGGGCCAGGCCGGCCAGUAG